UGCCAAUCGUCAAGUAAAUACCACUUGUUUAUUGUUUAAAUUGACGAGCAGCGGGCGAAUUCGACAUCACAGGAUUUCAUUCGAUUUAAUCCUCUGAACAAACCGUUUUCCACAUUAGUAAUAAGCCAAAAUUAAAUAAACGAAAUCUCAUACAGGAUAUUUAAAUUGAAGAUUUUUUGGAAACAAAAAUUGUUUAGUUACUUUGUUUGCAGUUUGAUCACGUUUCGAUUCGGACACAUUAAAACGCACAAGAAAAAUGGUUUGGCUAUCAUCGUGCUGGUCACCGUGCAUUUGGACAGAUAGCCUCAAGACUGGAUGCUAUGCUAUCGCCGGUUACACAGUCGCUAUGUCAGUCAUUCUGACAACAAUGGUGGGUUAUGCACUAGCAGGCGGAGAUUCAUCCCAAUUGUAUUCACCACUAUUUGAAACAGAUCGUCGAAACUCGAUGGUGUUUUACGGAACAAUUUGGAUUUUAUACUUUAUUGGUUUGAUCAUAUCAGCCUAUUUGAUCAGGGUCAGCAUCAAAACCAGCACUCGUGGAUGGUUAUUACCCUGGUUAUUAUUGUGGGGUGGUGGUUGUGCAUUCCAGUUUCUCUUCGGUAUUUGGCUCCUCUACGGAUACUACAUUUACUUGGAGGCGACUUAUUCAUGUUUCAUAAACUGGUUUUGGAUGGGAUACAAUAUCUACUGUUGGAUGGUUGUAUUUUCGCUCUAUCAAGUCUAUUUGCAAAUCCAAUCUCCAAACAUUGAACUGUUGGUGCCAUAAAUUCACGUACCAAAAUUCACCAUUGAGUAAUGCAGCAGCUUUAAAGCAAACGCCACUAAUUCCCACUGCAAAAUCACACUUUAGCCAUAAGUUUUACUAUUGACGCUAUCACAAGAAGAUCUGAGAAGAAACUGAUGAUUUUUUACAAGAAUCUCUUUGACAGCAACCAUUCACCUUACUUAGUGUGUAAGCAUGUAGAACGGUUUUUUUUUUUAGAUAAUCGAAUUCAAUUUUUCGAUUCGUAUCAAUAUUUUUUCAAAAGAAAAAGAACCGAAAGUAACCUUUUUUGACAUUCCGUCCAACGAUUCAAUCGAUGUCAGUGUUCAAUCUCAUUAUUCACACAUUUUUAGAUGUAACAUAAUCCGUCCGCAGAGAAAAAACAAGAGACUCAAGUCAAUUUUAAAUUUUUUUUUUCAUGAGAAUUUGUUUUUGAUGGCAUUUAUAUUGACGAUAUUUUUUCGAAAUAAAAUUGAAGAAGAAUCGAA